AUGUUCCAAGAUCCUGACGAGAUUGCUGCAGAGCAACCUGCUGCAAAACUCGAUCAGCUUGCAGCCGCAGGACGAUCCAGCAUCCGGCGCGAGUCCACCGUGCGACCAGGUCGAAUUGCCGCUAGUCGUCGCGCUGCACUUGAAAGAGUACGAGAAGAGAUAGGAGAACGCCGUCGUCGGCGUCGUGAGUUUGCCGAGGUAGCGCAACACUACUCUGCUCAAGCAGCUCAGCGCGAGCGCGAGCAGCUCCAGGCUGCUCAAGAAUUACGCGCUGAUGCUGAAGUCGAGGCCGAGGCCGUCGAGGCGCAGCGCGUACGAUUUGCCAGACUGAGGCAGCGUAUGCAAAUGAGGGAUCUAGAACGAAUGCUUGCCAGCAGAGCCAACCCUGAAUCAGAACCGCGGAGUGACACGGACGGGGCGCCCGUGAGCCGAACACGCGUCGAAUCCGGCGGAACACCACUAGACGACAUCGCUUCGGAUUUCAUCUUCGGCGCCCUUGUGUCCGAGUCUCAAGAGACCCCUACUCAACCGCUUCCACCUCCAUUAAGAGAGUCGGGCCUGAGAUUCGAACUGGGCGUGGUGUCCCAACCCGAGUCAGAACCUUCUUGGCAUACUAUACCUUCGAACGCUCGCCCUACGAGGGUCGUCAGCCCGUCCGGGAGCAGACGACCACUCUGGUCAUAUUCAGUUCACCGACCAACAUUCGCGGGCGUCGAAGACGAGGAGAACGAAAACGGAUACCGCGCUACUUCACAGCCUCGGGCAUUCGCGCCAGCCGUCGGAGACAUUGGAAUGUCCAGUCUUGCGACAGGACGCCAACGGUCUGCGUUUCCACAUUCCCAAGAUUCCGAUCACAUCUCGCACCGCCCACAAGGGGAGUCGACAUCAAGACUUGACGGACUUGGAGACCGCUUGCGUAGUCCGAGUCCGAUUUCUGACGACCCGGUGGAAGAAAACUGGGAAAAUCUCUUGGACACAAUGGAAACGGGCCGUUCAAGUACGGCGACUUCCUUUUUAUCAUCGCGGUCGAAUUCCAGGAGUGGCUCUCACCAAUCGUCUCAGGCUACGACUGCUACGACUAGCUUUGGUGAAAUAGGCGGGGAUGAUUCAUGCGACUUGGAUCUCCCCUCGGGCAUCACUGAAGAGGACGUCCGAGAAAUACGCGCACGACAUGGAAGACUACGGAGAAACCCAUCUACUCGUCUUGGAGUGCCUGAAACACGGAACAGUCUCCUUUCCGACUCAUCGAACCAGCACGAUUCUUCAAGGAUCAGUGACAGGGUCGUCGAAUUGGAAGUGCUCGGAUUCAUUCUCAAUCGAAUGCAGAGACGAGAAGAAAUACCGGAUGAGUUGUGGGCUGCCGUCGGUCUGUCACCAGAUAUUGUGAGAGGCUCUUCGUUUGAUCUGGCUAGACACUAUGCUUGA